GAUUCUGCUCUUCUUCCCGCUGCAGCCCGAAAUUUCCCCCAAGCAAGCCGCCGGCACCAGCCUUGAGAAACCGGCUGGAAAAGCUUGGUUUUGCCUUCCUUUUCUUGUUCUAGAACUGAAAAGGGAACCCAGAAACCUUCUCCCCUGCUGGAAAAUCCGGAUCUGCCCUGCUUUGCUCUGUCCUUCCGCCGGCUGCUCCUGCUUUGUGGGGGUGAUUUGCUCCGGUUUUGGAAUUUUCCUUCCAUUCCCGCCGGCCUUCUUCCCCAACUUGUAGCUCCGGCCUUGCUUGCUGGAUUCUGGUUCCUGAUCGUUCUAUCAGUUAGUGCGUGAAUUGAGUGCUCGGUUUUAUGCGAGUGAGGUAAGUAAAUUAUGGUAAUGCCCUUUGAUUUUAAAAGUAUGUUUUGAUUUGUUUUUGAAGUGGUGGCGGGACUAAACCCGUUUUACACGAGCAUGACUGAUUUGAAGUAAAAUGUUUAUGUUUUUCACUAAAUUGAGCAUGCCUACUUGAAAUUUAAGUGAUUGUCCUGAUGAUUUGAAAGUGAUUGUGAAUUGUGAUUUUCCUGUUAACUUCUGCUUGUUUUGUCUCCGAUGUGGUCAUGUUAUUCGUGUGCCCGCUAGUGGGAGGUUUAUAAACGCUAGCACAUGUCGACAUGUUCGUGAUAGAACCGGUUCGCUCGUGGCCCUACUAGUGGAGAUUAUACACUAGUAAUCGUGUGCCUGCCAGUGGGAGGUUUAUAAACGCUGGCCAUGACCUAUAGAGGAGACGUCUAUUUCAUGCCCGUACUCGUAUCUGUUUUUCGUGAUUACACUUGUUGGCAUGCUAUAAGUUUAAUUAAGGGCACUCUAUAUUUACUUACUGAGUUUAUCUCAUAGUUUUCCUUGUCCACCAUUUCAGGAUGUGAAACCGAGGACGGGGAAACCACGGGAAGUGACGAGUUAGAAAGCUAGCCAUUUCGAGAUUGAUAUAAACUUUAGAAAUAGAUCAUGAUCUUGUAUUUGGAGAUUUUAUGAUAUCAGAGAGAAUUUUAUAAUUUGAUCUUCAGAUUUUGGUGGUAUCAGAGUGUGAUAUGAUAAGUUCCGAGCCUUGUGCAU